GUUAUAUCCCAUUGUACAGAUAUUUUGGGGGUAUUUUGAGUUGGGGCAUACUGAUGACGUAGUCAAGUCUCCUCCUUCGGUGAUGCAGGAAGAUGGGAAACGGUUUUAUUGAUACUCCGCGUAGUUGUAAAAUUCGCGGAGGAAAACUGGAAUGUAUACUGAAUUUGGAACAAUGUGAAUUUAUCCCUCGUUAAAGUGGAAACAUGGGCCAGAGGCUAGUAGAUAAGCAAGGACAGCAGAGUCAGAGGAUGGUGAUCUUUGGAGCCAUCUUCCUGCUGAUGACUCUACUGAUACUCUACAGCUCUAACAGUGGAAAUGACAUCUACAGUCCAUUCCGUAACAGUUACCACCACAUCGUAAAGUCCACUGACCUUAAGAAAUGGGCUGGCAAGGAGGGCUAUGUGGCUGUGUAUGGCAAUAAGAGCAUGACUCUCCACUGCCAUGAAUGUGCAUUGGUUACCAGCUCCAGCCACAUCCUUGGUAGUGGCGUAGGGGAUGAGAUUGACCGCACGGAGUGUGUGAUUCGCAUGAACGAUGCACCCACUUCUGGCUUCGAGCAGGAUGUAGGGAACCGCAGCACAGUGCGGGUGGUAGCCCAUUCCAGUGUGUUCCGGGUGGUCCGGCGUCCCAGUGAGUUCCUCAACAAGACCCCUGAUAUGGUGAUGGUGUUUUGGGGGCCCCCAACCAAGAUUGGCAAAGAUGCCAAAGGCACCCUGUUCCGGCUGAUCCAAAGAGUCAGCAUGACCUUCAGCAACCUCUCCAGUUUCACCAUUGCACCCAGCAAGAUGAGAAAAUUUGACAGCCUCUUCCAGAGGGAGACUGGCCGAGACAGAGAAAAGUCACGGUCAUGGCUGAGCACUGGGUGGUUUACCAUGGUGAUUGCCAUUGAGAUUUGUGACAACAUUCACGUGUACGGGAUGGUUCCUCCUAAUCAUUGUAGUAGGAGACCACAGCCCAAAAAAAUGCCCUAUCAUUAUUAUAAGCCCAGAGGCCCAGAUGAAUGUGUGACCUACCUUCAAAACGAGAAGGGACGACGAGGCAAUCAUCAUCGCUUCAUCACCGAGAAACAAGUGUUUGCACGAUGGGCCAAGCUGUAUAACAUAACCUUCUCACAUCCCAAGUGGUGACUUCUGGAAGAUGUUAAGAAGAAUGGUUGGAGAAAAAGGGGGCUAAGGUGUCUGGUGGGGUUGCCUGGACUCUGUGAGACCACACGCGCAUGUAUUUAGUUCUAGCCGUGGUCCCUUGUAGAGCCACAUUCAAUAGAGGAUUUCAUACCUCCCUUUUCUGGUCUCUUUUGACAAAUCAUCUUUGUGGAGGUAAGGUCAAGGGUAGACGUGAAAAUAAGAAGAGACGAGUUGAAAGUGCAGAUUCAGAGAAAUAAUUAAUUUCCCCCAUAAAUCUGUAACGCAUGGGACAUUGAGUGUUCUUCUAUCUAAAACAUACAAAACGAGAGCCAAACAGAGCAGACUUAUUUUUGCUAGGUCUGAAUAUGAACCUCAUGGAGUAGGCUGAGGUUAAUGGAGGAAAGUUUUGUACAAGUUGGUUUCCUAAAGAUGUAUUUUUACAUGUUUAUAGUGCUUUUUUAACAAAGAAAAAAAGGUCCAGAGAACAAAAUAACAUUCACAAAUUCAUCAGAUAACUUGAGUAAAAACGAGCAGAAAAAUUAUGCCUGAAACACAGAGAUAAGAGGACUUAUUAGUAUGCUUUGUAUAUUAAGCAAGCAUAUCCAUAAACCCAUAUACACAUGGUUUUUCUGAAAGGCAGCCUGGUAAUGAUCAUUGCUUACAAGUACCAAAAACGUGAUACUGGCUUGAUCUACAGCCCAUAUUUUGCCAUUUUAUUUGUGCAUCAAGUCACUAUUCUGUGUUUGUGGAAAGAUAAUGGUUUGUCCAAGGUACCAAGAAAUGUUUUUUUAUGAAACUGUUUUAGUUCACCAACUGACAAAUGUUGGAUUCUCUGCACUAUGUAAGACAAAGACUUGUGAGGCAUGCAGCUAUUUGAUGUUUGAAUGAUGUAAAGAAUGUAUUAUUCACAUUAAUGUAGUAUUUGUGACACCAUUUUGUCACUCAUUUGAAUGUUCUGUAAAGUGAGACAAUUUGAUUGUGGAGUCUUCACAUUACAUAAAUUUGAGCAUAUUUAAA